UGUUGGAUCAGAGAGACAUAACCAAAUGAAGAAUCCCAUCUCAUCAAAUAACAACUUCCCUUCACGGAAACAAAGAUUAUGAAUAUUAUUCCCUCUCAAAAUUUCUCUUCCACCCAAUUAUAGCAACCAAAACAAGAAAACAAAAGGAACCACAACAACAUUCAUAAGACAUCAACAUCUCUACUUCCCCUCCUCCAUCUUUCUCUAGUUUCCUCUGUAAAUGCUUUUGUUGCCUUAAACUCAUAAGAUUUCUCUUUCUCUUUCAUGUGUUUUAGUCCCACGUGACAGGAUUCAAACACUGACCCUUAAAACAAAGGGAGAGGAGAGAAUUAUUCUGAAAACAAUAAUAGAGGGGAAAAAAUGUAUGAGGAUUCAGGCUACUUUGAUCCCUACAAAAUUCCUGAUUCCAACAGCAUCAACAACAAUGAACUCGAUGAUAACCUCUGUAUCGAUCUUGAGGAUGCAACUGCCUCGAUUACCUUCGACCUCCUGCAAGAGGAUAUCAGUGUUGCACCCCAAAUGGAGACUGUAAAUUGGGACUCAACCAAUUAUCAGAUGUACACAAAUCCUACAUGCGGGCCUGCACCAAAUCUCCUCAACCUGAUACAUCUUCCAACGGCAGCUGCAUCAAUACCUUUCGAUAAUUCAAUGAGUUAUGAUCCUUUGAUGCAAACGGGGUAUACUGUUGGUGCUCAGCCUAAUGUGUUAAGGGAUUUGUAUCAGUCACUGCCACAGAAUUAUGGGCUUUUUUGUGGGGUGGAGAGGGGAGUUUUUCAAGAGAUGGAUUUUAGGAGAGGGGAUAUUAAGGGUGAGGUGAAGGGGAACCUUGUUAAUACUGAGAGGCAGAGGAGGGAACACUUGAAUGAGAAGUAUUUUGCCUUGAGAUCACUGGUACCUAAUCCCACAAAGAAAGACAGAGCCUCUAUAGUAGGAGACGCUAUCGACUACAUUAAAGAGCUACAUCGAACUGUUGAUGAGCUGAAAAUACUUGUAGAGAAGAAGAAGCAUGGAAGAGACAGGAAGAGAGUGCUAAUUGCUGACGAUGAAGCUUCUGGCGACAUGGAGAGCACGUGUGUAAGGCCUGUAAGAGAGGAAGAUCACCCACUCAACGGGGCUUUAAGGUGUUCUUGGCUUCAGAGGAAGUCGAAGGAGAGCUUUGUCGAUGUUCGCAUUAUUGAUGAUGAAGUUAAUAUUAAGCUGAACCAGAAGAAGAAGCCAAAUUGUUUGUUGUAUGUUGCAAAGAUCCUUGAAGAGCUUCAGCUUGACCUUGUGCAUGUUGCUGGAGGAAACAUAGGGGAUAACUACAUCUUCAUGCUCAACACUAAGAUACGUGAAGGAUCUUCAGUGUAUGCUGGUGCAAUUGCUAAGAAGCUUCUAGAAGUUAUGGAUAGGCAAUAUCCAACCUCAACUUUUUCUGCUUACUAUUAGUAGUAGUAGGGAUCCAGCUGUUAAUUUGGUGACAUGAAGAAGAUUAUGUCAUAUUUACAUAGGAAUUUGAUUUCUUUUUGUUGUUUUUUUAGAGAUAGACAGAAUUGUGCUGUUUGUUUUAAAGAUUUGCAACUUUAAAUCUGACCUGAUAAUUAACACAUUCAUUCAACAAGGGCCAACUCAUAA